ACCACUUAGCUCCAAAUAGCACUUUGAGCCCUGAUGCCUUGAUGCUGGGUUGAAAGAGGUGAGGAGGUGCAGGGUAGGUCCCCGCUAGCUCAAGAUUCUAUGGGAGCUGCAGGCCGAUAAAGAGAUCAUUGUGAUGCAGCGUGACAAGUACCUUAAUAGAAGCUUUGUGUGGUGAGCUCUGAACCUCCCAGGAGAGAGCCAGUGUCUGGGGAUCUGGGUGGCAGAGAGGCUUUGCUGGUGUGGGAGGGGUGGAAUGAGUGCUUUUGAGUUUGGGAAAUGGAGAAGCCUGGACACCUCAGCUACCCACUUGAGUUGCACAUACAAGGAAGUCAGAAGGCGUGGGCUGAGGCUCAGCACCAGACCGGGGGUUGGAGGCGUGCGCUCCCGCAUUGGGAUCCAGCAGAGUCUGCUUAGCCAGUCAACACGUACAGCCACUUUCCAGCAGAGAUUUGAUGCCCGACAGAAGAUUGGCCUCUCAGAUGCCCGCCUCAAGCUGGGUGUCAAAGAUGCCCGGGAAAAGCUUUUGCAGAAAGAUGCUCGGUUUCGGAUCAAAGGGAAAGUACAGGAUGCCAGAGAGAUGCUUAACUCUCGCAAGCAGCAGAGCACAGUGCCACCGAAGCCCCGCCAGGUGGCCGAUGCCCGGGAGACCAUCAGCCUGAAGAGAAGGUCCCCUGCGGCCUUCACAAGCCCUCCCGUGGGGACAGUCACCCCUGCUCUGAAGCUCACCAAAACCAUCCAGGUUCCACAGCAGAAGCCCAUGGUACCACUUCAUGCACAUCCUGCUGGAAUGAGGAUCAACGUUGUCAAUAACCACCAGGCCAAACAGAAUUUAUACGACCUAGAUGAAGAGGAUGAUGUUUUAGCACCCAUUCCUGCUAAACAGAUGAAGUUUUCAGCUUCGGGCAGUUUUCUUCCCCACACGGCUGGACUGAGCACCUCCAAGCUGUCCAUGUCCAAGGCCCUCCCGCUCACCAAAGUGGUUCAGAAUGAUGCCUACACUGCCCCUGCUCUCCCCUCCAUUCGAACCAAGGCCUUGACCAGCAUGUCCCGUACACUGGUGAAUAAGGAGGAGGCCCCCAAAGAGCUGCCAUCUGCUGAGGCUGUUCUCAGCCCCUUGGAAGGUACCAAGAUGACUGUGAAUAAUCUGCACCCCCGAGUCACCGAAGAGGACAUUGUUGAGCUUUUCUGUGUGUGCGGAGCUCUUAAACGAGCUAGACUGGUGCAUCCUGGGGUAGCAGAGGUGGUCUUUGUCAAGAAGGAUGACGCCAUUACAGCAUAUAAAAAGUACAACAACCGGUGUCUGGAUGGGCAACCGAUGAAGUGCAACCUUCACAUGAACGGCCACGUCAUCACCUCUGAGCAGCCCAUCCUGCUGCGGCUGAGCGACAGCCCUGCAGUGAAGAAGGAGAGCGAGCUGCCCCGGAGGGUGGCCCCGGCCGCCGCCGCCAGCCCCGCUGCCGAGGUGGACCCCGACACCAUCCUGAAAGCGCUCUUCAAGUCCUCGGGGGCCUCGGUGACCACGCAGCCCACAGAAUUCAAAAUCAAACUUUGAGCAGGGCAGAAGCAGGGCGUGCGAGGGUGGCUCUGUCUCCCAAGGCGGAGCGCGCGACCCAGGGGCCCUCGGACUGCAGCCCUGAACGUGGGGAGGGCGCCCCCACUGGACGGGGCCUGCCUUUCCGUGUCCUCCUACCUGUGCUCUGCUGUACAUUCACGUUUCUGUAGUUCAUUUCUCCUCCCCUGCACCUCUUCACCAAGGUAGGCCCGAGUGUGUCGGCGGGAGCCCCCCCUUCCUUACCUCCGCCCAAGCGGAUUUCUUCUCCAGCAACGGUGCGCUGAGUUCUCUGGGGGCGUCCCCGUGGCCCGGUGGGAAGCGUCCUUCCAAACGGGAUGGGGCCGUUUGGGCCGAGGGGCUGCCUUCCCUCCUGCUUUCCAAGUUCUUGAUGCAGGCGGAGAGGGAGGCCUUGGCGAAGCGGUGGGCGUGGGCUCAGCUUGGCAGUGGUCCGCUCGCCCCCCUGGUCCGUGGAGCGGCCUGGGCAGGAAUCCGUUCCCAGGCCUGGCUGCUGGUCUGCAGGGGGCGUUGGGCAAGGGCAGGAUGGGCUGCGGCUCUCAGAGAAGUGCACCACCAGCAGCUCGUGCGUGGGGAGCUGCGCGCUCAGGCAUCGCAGAGUGAGUCCCCACAGCCAUGUUUUCCUGUUCCUAGAGCUGCGCUCAAUGCCCAGCCCAGCCCUCCAGCCUCCUGGGGGUCGUGCUGGGCCCUCCAGGCCUGCCUGCCGUGGUGGUCAUCACCAUCUAGUUUAGAUGCAGGUGCCGGGGUGCUCGGGCUGGGACUUGGGUAGGCUCUUGUCCCCCUCCUGCAGCACGGGGCCUGCUGAGUUGCUGGGAUGGAAGGUGGUGUCUUGCUUCUGGCUCUUUCUGGCCUUGGUCAGCCACAAACACCAGCCAGGGAUGCCAGACGCAUGUGCUUUUCUGCCUUGGCGAUGGGGAGAUGGGCCCUCGGUGAGCACAGCUCUCCCAGGCGGCUGGCUCACCCGCCAAACCCCAGGAGGCCCUGCUCCUGGUGGCCUUCCGCACACGGGGCACCACCAGGCCCGCGCAGCUGGGGGCCGGGCUGGGGGUCACUCCCACAUCACCUGUGCAGCCCGGGAAGCACCGUGAGCCUCGGGAGACUUCCCUGAGGCUACUUAGCUGAGGGAAGAGGAUGCAGAAGCCCAGCCUUGCCCGAGGUUGCCCGGCCCAGCAGGGAAGGAAGAUCAAGAUGGAGUGUGAGCCAGCGUCCGUGGCGCAGCUCGGGCGCAGGCGCUCUGCUGUCUGCUCCUUCCAAGCGGGCUGCGCUUCUCUCUCCCCGUCAGGGUCAAACGUUCCUUUCUAGCAGCUGGAAGACAUUCCUCCUUCCCACACACGCCCUUCCUGGGCCAGGAGCGCCCCAGAAGGCACUAGGCUCUCACUUGUUGGUUCUGGGAACAAUCGGGGCGCUGCUGGGCUUUGUUGAGAGUAGGGGUGCCAGGUGACUUGCCCGUGUGGCUCCUUCCCAAGCCGGGAUGCGCUCUGCAGCCUCCUGGCCUUGUAGGGACUUGGCCUCCCCUGCUCCAUGAAAUGUCUUUGUGGGGAACAGGAGAGGGUGGUGGGCAGCGCUGCGGCCUCCACCCCCACUCCCCUGCCAUGUCCAGUGUUGAGGAGAGAGAGGGCAUCAAGAUUCAGAGUCGACUGUAUCGCUUUCCACUUCUGAAUAAAUGUUUGUUAUUCCUAC